AUGGCAUAUCAGGUCGAUUAUAAUGCCUAUAGGACCUAUCAAAGCGAUUGUGGGGCGAAGUUUAAUGACACGGCGCAAUUACAAAACCAAACCGCCCUUUACGACGAAAACUCCGAGUACAUCUGCGAUAUUUGCAAAUCUCAUAAUUUCUCUGGCAUGGUAUACCACUGCAGUACAUGUCUUAAUGGAGACUUCGACAUGUGCGAAUCUUGCCGAGCUCAAGGUCGCAAUUGCUUUUGUGUUCGUAGCGGAAAUAUAACCCCCCUGCGUAUCAUCCCUGGGAAAGGUCGAAAAUACGGUACUAUAGCUGGAACGGGAACGAAUAUAGAUCCAGAAGAUCUUGCAGGCACGACAUUAUCGGAUCUGCUGCCUCUUAAUAUUACCUUAAACGACCCUCUCGAAAAUCCGGAACUAUUGCCUUAUUACCAACGCUUCGCCGCAUAUACGGAUACGCACCGAAACCCCCCAUAUAACACAUUCUUGUGCACUAGUACCCAUGAAUACGAAACAUGGGAGAACGAAUCGUAUAAGCCCCAAAGGGCGUUUUACGAACAGAAAAUUGCCGACUUCAAUGAAAUCGUGAACGAAGCGAGACACUUUGCGCAGUAUAAUGCUAGAUCUGGAAUUAAAGGAUGGGAAUAUCAAACUCCGGACGGAGAGCUGGUGGAUACCCUGGACUUUGUAAUACACUUAGCUAUUAAACUGGAAGAAACCUAUAAGGACUUAUCCGAUCUAGUUGAUGAGAUGAACAAGCAGUGGGCGGCAAAAGAAAUUUAUGAGGCACAAAGGAAUGGAAACCAUCAACAUGUGAGCGUAUGCGAGGGAUGGUUUUCGAAGGUGGCAAGAGAGGAAGCGGUCAACUACCUCAGGUCAAAAUACGAGCGACUGACUGAGACUCUAAAAGAUCUGGAGAUAGCUGUCAAAAAGGCUCAAGCGCUCGAGAAGUAUGCUUGUGAUAUUGUUAUUGCUAAAGCAUCAGCGGAGGUGGACGUGAUAAAAUCAAAAGGCCAAUUCCAGUCGACACACGAAGAAAGAACGAAAGCCACCGACACUUUAAAACAUCACUACGAUAUACGACAGAAAUUAGAGGAGCGACUACUGAGGUUUAGAAGAGUACACAUAAAUUCUUAUCUAGCUUACCGGCUAUCGGAAUCCCCAGAAAAUGAAAUAGCGGCCAAAUCCGAAUGUGAAACUUCACUAAAUGGAGCCACACGAAUAGAGGAGGAAGCGAUACGAAGUAUUUCGGAAGAAUACGAUAUCAGAGUUACCAAAUCGCUGCUGCCUGCUAUAUCAAGUGUCUCCGCAAUGGUACCCGCUUUGCCGCAAUAUUAUUCAGCACCAGCGAGCCAAACCAGUAUCCAACCACCGCCUUUGCCGCCACAAGAUGGUAGUGCCAGCACAACUUUUCAGACUUCCAACGGUUCGGCACCCACUAGUACGACGGUCUCAGGGAAUCCACCGAAAUUUCAGAUGCCGUUAUCAUACUAUAGCAAUAUGCUAACUCAGCAGCAUGUGACAACUAUGAACAUUAUCAACAAUAUCGCUGGAGGAAAUACAACAUACAGUGUUAUAAAUCCGAUUACCGGGUUGAAAUACUGGUGA